AAGCCCUUUACCGGACCGAAGACAUACGUGAGCCAGGUUUUGCAUCUCGAGUGCAAUGUGGAAGAUUGCAUUGACUAUUCUGGCUGUGGCCUUGGCGGAGGCGCAGGACUGCGAAGCGGACGAGCUGCAGCUUUUGCAGGGCAAGAAGCAGCAGGAUGGCCAGAUGGUGGGAGAUUCUGAGCAGUUCCCGGACUUGGACAAGCUGGGCAAGAUGGCCAAUCAGCUCGGUGGCGUCUUUGGCAAAGGCCUGAAGACGGUGACUGGCAAGCUCGACGGUGCCCUGAACAUUGCCAACAGCAAAGUGCUGAUGGCUGUGGCCAAGACCAACUCGGCCCUGGUCCGCGACUUUGAGCUGGGGGCCAAUGCCAAUGGCAGCAUCAGCCAAAACCUGACCAAGUUCAAGGCGCUCCUCAACAAGACAACCGGGAGCCUUAUGCCCACCUUCACGGCGGUCACGCAGCAGGUCACUGGAGCCCUGAGCGCUGCCCAGUCCACGUUGGGCACGUUGGGCAAGCAGGAAGACUUGGUGAAGAAGCUGGACAGCUGCGUCCAGACGGCCAACCAAAAGGUCGCCUCCAUGAAGAUGAAAGCGGAGGAAGUGGCAGGAGACUUCGCGCCGGCGGCUGAAGACAAACUCGAGGAUGCGCUUGCCGGCAUGGACUCCAAGCUGGAGGCGCUCCAGGAGGAGACCACGUCCUUCACCCAGGACUUCGACGUCAACUUUAAGGGCUUUGCCAGCGAUUUGACGGGCGCGGCCCAGGACGAAUUUAUGGGGGCGGAUGCAGCCAUGGAGAUCGGCAACGUCACAGAGAAGGUGGAGAUGCUUCUGAUGAACUUCCAGUCCAUGGUUGGAAACGCCACGUCCGGGCUGAAGACGUGCGGAUCCAGCGUGGACACGGCAAUGCACAAAGCAAGCAAAGGCUUCUUCGGCAAGAUCGGCGAUGUGUUUGGCCACAUCUUCCGGUGAGAUCGGGUCGCGUCCUUCACGCCUGGCAUUGCACGGCAUGUGUUGACAUACACAGCCUGAAUUCCUCGUAGCUUUCCAUUGGCCAAAAUGGCCUGAAUCCUUAGCUGGUAAGUGCCACUUGCAUUGCAAGCAACA